AUGAAUGAACGGACAGGAGGUCCUACAGGAGGUCCUACAGGAGGUCCUACAGGAGGUCCUAUAGGAGGUCCCAUAGGAGGUCCUAUAGGAGGUCCUACAGGAGGUCCUACAGGAGGUCCCAUAGGAGGUCCUAUAGGAGGUCCUACAGGAGGUCCUACAGGAGGUCCUAUAGGAGGUCCUACAGGAGGUCCUAUAGGAGGUCUUACACGAGGUCCUAUAAAAGGUCCUACAGGAGGUCCUAUAGGAGGUCCUACAGGAGGUCCUAUAGGAGGUCCUACAGGAGGUCCUACAGGAGGUCCUAUAAGAGGUUCUAUAGGAGGUCUUACAGGAGGUCCUAUAGGAGGUCCUAUAAGAGGUCCUACAGAAGGUCCUAUAGAAGGUCUUAUAGGAGGUCCUACAGGAGGUCCUAUAAGAGGUCCUAUAGGAGGUCCUACAGGCGGUCCUACAGGAGGUUCUAUAGGAGGUCUUAUAGGAGGUCUUACAGGAGGUCCUAUAGGAGGUCCUACAGGAGGUCCUACAGGAGGUCCUAUAGGAGGUCCUAUAGGAGGUCAUGUAGGAGGUCCUAUAAGAGGUCAUAUAGGAGGUCCUACAGGAGGUCCUAUAGGAGGUCCUACAGGAGGUCCUAUAGCAGGUCCUAUAGGAAGUCCUAUAGGAGGUCAUGUAGGAGGUUCUACGGGAGAUCCUACAGGAGGUCCUACAGGAGGUCCUAUAGGAUGUCCUAUAGAAGGUCCUAUAGGAAGUCCUAUAAGAGGUCCUAUGGGAGCUCGUGCACCUCCUAUGACAGUAUAG